AUGGAGUCAAAACAACAGCUUCUCGAGCCGACGCAACUCGGCGUAUCUCUAAGGAAGUCUAAGAACCGAUAUUUUCGAAGUGUAUGGAUUUCUGGUCUGUCCACUCUCUUUCUUCUUGCUCUUACUGGGCUAUGGAGGAACGGAUACGCGCUCAGCGACCUACUUGGUAGCUGGGGCAAGGACACUACGAGUGGGCCAGAGCGACUCACGAGGAAAUAUACGCUUCGGACCGGAGUGAGAUGGAUGAACCCAGACGGAGGUCGAUGGAGAGUCAUGUUUGUUUGCAACGGGCAGACGCCUUGCCCUACCCUGCACGCCCAAGAAGGUGACCUCGUCGAAGUGACAGUCAAGAGCGACGUCUACUCUCAAUCCUCGAUUCACUGGUCUGGCAUCGGACACAAGGCAACUGGGAGCUGGAAUGAUGGCGCAGCUGGGAUUUCGCAGUAUCCCAUUCUUCCUCGCGGUAACUUCACAAGCGUGAUUGACACAACAGGUUCUUGGGGACUGAACUGGUACGCCGAGCACACAACUGCUGCCUCAGCUGAUGGCUUGUAUGGCAUGGUUUACGUCGCGCCGAGUCCAUCGCGACUUCGUCCGUAUCGUCUUAUCACCACAGAUGACAUUGAAGUACGCAAGAUCAUGGAGGCCGAGAAGGAAGUGCGCCAUCUCGCCGUCAAGAAUCACCAACAUCGAGACACCGGCUGGAAAAUGCUACGCAUGCGAGCCGAAGGUUCAGAAUUUUAUUGCUACGAUUCAAUCCUUGUUAACGGGAAGGGCCGUGUUCACUGCCGCCAAGCAGGCUACGAGCUGCUGAAUGGAUUCCAUCUGGAUGAAACAGGUUGCGUUCAGCCACCUGGUCUACCCGAAGAAUCUUGCACGCCAAGCGAGUCGGACUACGAGAUCAUCGAAACGAAUGGCAGGGAUUACAUAAUGAUGAAUCUCAUCAACAUUGGCUUCGAGCAUUCUGUCAUGGUAUCCAUUGAUAACCACAAAUUGACUGUAGUUGCGAACAAUGGCGGCUUCGUUAUUCCCAAAGGAGCCGAUGCUGUAUACAUACCCAGUGCUGGUAGGGUUACCGUUCUGGUAAAACUGGAUGCGGAACCUGGGGACUAUGCCAUGCGCAUCUCGUCCACGAGCCAGAUGCAAAAUCUGCAAGCCUACUCAAUCUUGAGAUACCCAGCUAGCAGGAGACCUAUCCUCGGCGAGCCAAUGAAAGUUCCAAAGCCAAAUUCACUCGACGAUAUCUGUGUUCUGCCUGAUGGCUCUACAAACGAGGGCUGCAAAGUGGUUGAAGGCCAGUUCCUACCACCCUACCCUACCAUACCGCCUCCGGCGGCCAAGAGUUCGCGUCUCGAGACAGCGGACUUCACUUUUCGUCUUGCUGCCGGUUCUCAAGCGUCGCUCACCGAGGCUCAUGUGCCGGAGUUCUAUCUCAAUGAGAAGCCUUGGCAGCUAUUCCGCUCAUCUUUGAUGCCUCUUCUCUUCCAGGGAGCAAAUCAAUCUGACUCUCAGGAGACCCUUGGUAAACCCAUCAUUGAAGGCAUUCCAAUGGGGUCCGUUGUCGAUCUCAUCAUCGAGAACAACCUGAACGACACGGUGCCGCUCUACAAACAUGCUGAUCCUGCAUGGCUACUAGGCGCGCAGGCGAACGAGAGGUUCUCACACAAGAGCGUUGAAGAAGCCAUGGUGGGUGGCACCCAGCUUUCGAAGUCCAUCAACCUACGCGAUCCCGCUCUCGUCAUAGUACAUGACCUUCCCCCUCUCGGGUGGAGCGUUCUACGCUUCAAAGUAACGGCCAAGGCCGCUACUCUGAUUCAUGCUGUAAAGCUCAGGUAUUUUGCGCUGGGCAUGUCCGCGCCAAUCAUGGAGGGCAUCUUGAGUAGUGAUCCAGUUGAGUUCCCGGAAUCGGCUAUCAACCGCCCACACGUAGAGUUCGAGCCGAAGAACGAUGGCGUAUUUGGAUAA